CACAGGGGCGGCCGCACGCGCGCCGCAGCCCGACCCGGGACCGCCCCUUCCUUAAAGCCGCAGCCCGAGUGGGAGCCGCAGUGGCGGCAUUAGCAGCGGCGAGUGCCAGGCGCCGUUGGCUGCAACGCUUCGCCCCGGGGCGCUGACUGGAUGCGGCAGAGCCCCUCCCGCUACCCCCAGGCACCGAGCCCCGCCGGAGCCCGCGCCCCUCGCAGCGCAGCAGCCUUCGCCGGCGCCCCGGGCUGGCAGGAUGUUUGACAAGGCGCGGCUGCCCUUCGUGUUCCUGGAUGUAGUCUGCGUGGUGCUGGCGGGCCUGCCUUUUGCAAUUCUCACUGCGAGGCAUAUCCCCUUCCAGAGAGGAGUUUUCUGUAAUGAUGAAUCCAUCCAGUACCCUAUCAAAGAUGACACCAUUUCUUAUCCAUUGUUAGCAGGAAUAAUUGUUCCUUUCAAUGUAAUCGUUAUAAUCGUAGGAGAAGCCCUGUCUGUCUAUUAUAACCAUUUGCACUCGAAUUCGUUUGUCGGAAAUAACUACAUAGCCACUAUUUACAAAGCCAUUGGGACCUUCAUUUUUGGUGCAGCAGCGAGCCAGUCCCUGACGGACAUUGCCAAGUAUUCCAUAGGUAGACUACGUCCCCACUUCCUGGCUAUAUGCCAGCCGGAUUGGGCACGAGUUAACUGCAGUUUAGGUUACAUUGAAAACUUCCCAUGUCAAGGAGACAAAGUAAAAGUUAAUGAGGGAAGACUGUCAUUUUACUCUGGGCAUUCUUCAUUCUCCAUGUACUGCAUGCUGUUCCUAGCACUUUAUCUUCAGGCCAGAAUGAAAGGAGAUUGGGCAAGACUUGUACGUCCCACAGCGCAAUUUGGUCUCAUUGCCGCAUCUAUCUACGUGGGUCUCUCCCGUGUUUCUGAUUACAAACAUCACUGGAGUGACGUGUUGACUGGACUCCUUCAGGGAGCGGUGGUAGCUGUGCUCAUCGUGGUGUACGUAUCAGAUUUUUUCAAAGUGAGGGGAUGUACAUUUAAACCCAAUGAAGAAGAUUCACAUACGACUCUACAUGAGACACCAACAAAUGGAAAUCACUAUGGCAGUAAUCACCAACCAUGAUCCUGUGAAGUCUCCUGCUUUCUAAAAGAAAAAUGAAUUCAUAAGUCUCCAUAUGUAAAAUAAAUGCCUUUUAAAGGGACUGCUGCUGCUAUACCUCUUGGAUGCUCACAUUACAUGUGUAUAUAGUAACAUAACAGCAUUGUGUAUAUCUAAUAGCUUUAAAAAUCUUUUAAAAAAAUUCUAAUUCAAGCUUACUGCUUAUAAAAACACUUCUGUAAUUUUUUAUUAAAAUAACAUGGUAACACUUAUGUACAAACAGCACUGUGUAUGUAAGAUGCUUUGCUAGAAUGCUUCCUGUUUUAAAUACAUACACCAUUAAAUGUCUGUCUUGGGGGUGAAAAUGGCAAA